GAGCGCUGAACCUCGCACCGCAGAGGGAGAAAAGUCUGCGUGCUCGUGCAACCUCGCCAAUCACCUGUCGUCAAGGCACCUCAGGCCAGAGAGAGAAAGCUGACGUGUCUGCGUGUCUUUACGGUUAGGAGAGAGAGGGAGUGCUCUCCACUGAACAGGAACACGACACAUUCAAAAGGCACGUUGGAUGAAUGGUGGUAGAUGCUUGGAGGAGAUUGGUUGGUGGAAAAAGCAGCAUCAUGGGGAGCUGCAGAGGAGAGCCGGAGAUGAAGCCUGCGAGCGCCGAACCGGAGGAGGCCGAUCGACCCGACACCCGAGACUACCUGCCGCCGCCGCCGCCGCCGCCGCCGGAUUCCUCCGCCGGCGAUCAUCCCUCGCCCAAGCUCCUCCUCCUGCAUGAUCUGCUCGACGUUUCUUCUGCCUUGAAUGAAGCUGCGGGCGCAAUUGUCGACGACUCAUUCACAAGAUGUUUCAAGUCAAAUACGCCAGAACCUUGGAACUGGAACAUCUACUUGUUUCCUCUGUGGUGCUUCGGAGUGUUAGUUCGGUAUCUUAUAUUAUUCCCAGCAAGGGUUGUAAUACUCGCCAUGGGCCAUAUAAUUUUCUUUUCAUCCUUCUUCUCUGUGCACUUUUUGCUGCAAAGGCAACAAGUUUUGAGGAGAAAGAUACAGAGGUUUCUAGCAGAGUUACUUUGCUGUUUCUACGUGGCAUCAUGGACUGGAGUUAUCAAGUAUCAUGGGCCACUGCCGAGCCUGCGCCCUAAUCAGGUUUUUGUCGCGAAUCACACUUCCAUGAUUGAUUUCAUCAUCUUAGAACAGGUGACUCCAUUUGCUGUUACUAUGCAGAAGCAUCCGGGAUGGGUUGGUGUUUUGCAAAAUUUUAUCUUGGAGACAGUUGGGGGUAUCUGUUUCAAUCGAGGAGAGGUAAAGGAUCGAGAAGUCGUGGGUGAAAAGUUGAAGAAUCAUGUUGAGGGAAGUGAUAACAACCCUCUCCUCAUAUUUCCUGAGGGAACAUGUGUAAACAACCAGUACUCCGUCAUGUUCAAGAAGGGUGCCUUCGAACUUGACUGUGCCAUUUGCCCUGUCGCGAUCAAGUACAACAAAAUUUUCGUGGAUGCUUUUUGGAACAGCAAGAAGCAAUCCUUCACGAAGCAUCUGGUUCGGCUCAUGACGUCUUGGGCUGUUGUGUGUGAUGUGUGGUACUUGGAGCCCCAAACUCGGAGACCAGACGAGACACCAAUUGAAUUCUCUGAGAGGGUGAGGGACAUAAUAUGUGCGCGAGCAGGUCUUAAGAAGGUUCCUUGGGAUGGAUAUUUGAAGCACUCCCGGCCCGGCCCCAAGCUUCGAGAGCGAAAGCAACAAAGUUAUGCUGAGUCCAUCUUGCAGCUGCUGGAGAAGUGAACCAACAUCUCUCUCUCUCUCUCUCUCUUUUUUUGUACUCAUGUUGCAAUAAUUGAGACUCAAGUGGAGGAAUCAUAUUGUGCAAAAAGAAAACAGAAAAAGAAGAAGCAGAAGUCAUAAAAUCAUAUCUCGUUGAUAAAAUCAAAUCAAAACAGCAUCUUUAUAUUCCCAUCAAAAUUACAAAUGUUAUUGAAAUUUAUAAAAUUAUGAAAAAAUAAUAUUUUAUUCCAUA